AUGGCGCUUUUGACAAAUUCGUCCGCCAGUGGGCCUACAGCUACUCCGGCGGCUCCCCAAGCGCACCACUCGACCACACCGUUACACCACUAUUUCCACUACCUGAAGCAGCCCUCGCCUUUGUCCCAAAAUCCCUAUGCGCACCAUUCUAGUGCGCAUCAUAUGGGCAUGGGUCCGGGACCUCUGGGCGGCUUAGGGCCGUUCGGACUGUCGCAUCACGGGCUUGAAGCUGUUGGAUUUCCUCAAGGCAAGAUUUUUAUAAUUAUUUGA